AUGGAACUUUUUCAGACGGACGAUCAUUACAUCGUGCAAGAUGGUCAGCACAGUUUGUGGUGCAGUCGAUCGGACGGUAAACUGGAACCGCAACACGGCUCGGCACUUGCGAAUGCAUGGAAUCCUGUGUGUCUGGGAACUGUGGACGGAGUCAUCGGCAAGAUAAAAGUGCAUCCUGAUUCCAGCUGGAGGCUUUUAUUGAUUAGCGGUCAGCGAUUGGUCGGUUCGUUGCCAGGGGGACAUAAUGUCUAUUGCAUCACACGCAUCGCGAUCCUUCCGCUCUCGGAGAGCAGUCAUCCAGACAUCGAUAUCGAGAGAUGUUCCAAGCAUCAUUUUGGAAUGAAGAAAACCAAGAUGAUUAUGAAGCCUGCUUCAGCUCAACAGAAAGCUUUGACUAAGACUUGGAAUAGUAUCAAGUCUGUCACACAAGUCAAGAAGAAAGAGGUCAAGGAGAGAGAGAAACACGAGAGACGAAUCACGGAGGAACUACUCAAGAUGUUCACCGAGUCCGACUGGUUCUUUUAUACUAGGACGGGAGACCUGACAAAUACUCUACAGCGACAGCACACAGGAGACGGGGAACAUGACUGGGACGAGCGAUUCUUUUGGAAUCAACACAUGCUUCAGGAUAUUUUUGCAUGCACGGACAAGGAAUUGGCCAAUCACUGGACAGUUCCCAUCAUCCAGGGCUACGUCAGCAUAAGGGAGUGUAAGAUGAUUUUUGAGGAGGAAGGAGAGAACGGAUUAAGUUCAAGCUGGACGCCUGAGGAACUCUCUGAAUUCAAACUCAUUCUCAUCUCAAGGAGGAGCAGACACAGGGCAGGGACUCGCUACAGAAGACGAGGUAUCGAUGACACGGGGGCCUGCGCUAAUUACGUGGAGACGGAACAAAUCAUCCAAACCCAGGAACACACCGUGUCGUUUGUCCAAGUCCGAGGCUCAAUGCCUGUUUUCUUCACUCAGCCAGGAAUUAAGUACAAACCACCCCCAAGGCUUGACAAAGAUGAGGAAGAGACCCGCCCGGCCUGCGAGGCCCACUUUGAUGAGCAGACUGCCCUCUAUAGACGGGUGGUCAUCAUCAAUUUAGUGGAGCAGAUGGGACGAGAGGAUAUUAUUGGCCAGGCUUUCAUGAAACAGGUUUUAUUGCUGAACAGUCCACUGCUGACAUAUAUAACCUUCGACUUCCAUGACUAUUGUCGUGGGUUGAAGUUUGAGAAUGUCUCCGUUCUCAUCGAUAGCAUCCGGGACAUCAUCAAGGAUAUGAGAUUCUGUUGGAUUGACGGGCAAGGUGUAAUUCUUGAGCAGCGUAAUGUCUUCAGAGUCAACUGUAUGGAUUGCUUAGAUAGAACCAAUGUGGUCCAGACGGCAGUAGCUAGAGCUGUGCUGAGUAUGCAGCUUCGUAAGCUAGGCAUCCUCCUCCCAGACCAACGAUUACCCCGGAUCAUCAGGCAAACAUACCAGGACAUGUGGGCGUCUAACGGUGACAUCAUCAGCCGUCAAUACGCAGGCACGGCCGCCCUGAAAGGUGACUACACACGAACGGGAGAGAGGAAGAUUAGUGGAAUGAUGAAGGACGGCUAUCACUCAGCUAACCGAUACUUACAGAAUCAGUUUAAAGACGCCUACAAACAAGUCACAAUAGAUCUGAUGUUGGGCAACGAGGAGUUAUUGGAAGAUCUGUCUGUCAUCACGGAGCAGAAAGUCAGCGAUGAGGAGGCGGCAGAAGAAGUCUGGAGCAACGUCAAGGAGGAAAACAUUGCACAACUGACGCAGCAUUGUCUGAAGCUGCUCGUACCCAAACACGAAGUCAAACAUUAUAUCCGAGGAUGGGUGCUCAUCAACUGCGAUCCCAUAGAUCCAGACGAUUCCGAUGAUGACGAUCGUGACGUCAUUCUACUGAUCACAGAGAAGGCUUACUACAUUGCAAGCUAUGACGAUGAGGCGGAAAAGAUCACUCAGUAUGAGAGGAUCAACAUUGAAGACAUGGAAGCUAUCGGCAUAGGUUCAGCUGCAGUUUUCUUCAGUAACACCAAAGACAGAUGCAUCCGUGUCUAUCACUCAUUCUGCGGAGAGAGCGAUUACUUCCAUACACUUAAAGUUCUCCCUGGACGCAACAAACAUGAGUCCGAUGAUAUAUUGCACAGUGUCAUCGAGGCCUUUGCUAGUGCCAGAUCAGCAAACACCCUGGGACUAAACGUCAUUGAAGACAAAAUGGAAAGGAAAGCCAGAAAGGAGCCCCAGGAACUGAUCAAGCUGACCUCCCAGAAGCGACUCACCAUGUGGCUCCAAGAUAAAUUCGUCCCUGAGAUGGUAAUCAAGAAACACAGCGAGCCACGUGACGGCCAGCCGAGACGUCCGGCCUCGCGACCGGGCCCUCGCACGGCGGUCGUCACCCGCUACCUACAGAACAUGGGUAACAAGGUGACCAACCUAAACCUCAUCCAGAGAGCUAGGAACAGGAAGAAGAAUCUGGGUAACGUCCCGCAUACCCUGGUCUAUCAGAAGAGCACAGACAGCAACGUAACUGACGAUGAAGAUACAACUGUUAGAAUUGAAGAUGUUGACAACGACACUUACGACGAUUUUGACGAUAGUCCGUACUCCUCGUCAACAGAAACGUCUUACGACGCGCUGAGUAUCGGUGACUGCUUAGAGAUUCUUGGCGGUAACGUUCCCAACUACCCACAGGAAAACCCCGACGAUCCCGUUAUGCUCAACGACGGGGAUAUCGUGUUGCCGACGUGCGGAGACAUUGCGACAGAUCCAUGUCGCAAUCAACGCAGCUUCACGAGGAGACACAUCACGCCGCGUAGGAAGCAUUCUAAAAGUCACGCCGCGUAUGAUGAUAGGAUUGCAGAGCCGGAGAAGGAAAACCAAAAUGGUUUGACAGAAAACAAAGAUGUAGACUUUAAAUUAGAAUAUGAUCAGCAUCAAACAGGUGAAGAUUUACAGUCAGGCGCGAUGAAUGAACUAGAAGAACAGCAUCAUGAUGACCAAGAGAAUCAGAAUAUGACAAAUGAAGAAAAAGUUGCUGAAAGCCUUCAAGACAUGAUAUCAGAAUCACAAGAUGAUUCACCAGCUUUAUCUCAUACAGCAUCAGAAGACGUUCAACAUCCUCUCGCUGAAGACGAACCAACAAUAGACGUUGAAGGUCAAAGGUCACAACCUGCUCUCAGCAAACCUGACCUACAAGUCUCAGAACUCCCCAACGACAACGAGGUUUUGGUCACUAUGAAUCCCCUCCCAGAAAUCUUCCCAAUCGAUCUCCGGGACUUGAAGACAUCCUCCCGAUCGCUCAUCACCAAAUCUCCUCAUAAAUCCCACAGCGAGAAUUCCCUAGCUGAUCUCCUUGCGGGCAAGGAAGACUUAGAGACCAAAAAGUCAGAAGACGCUGAUGAAACCGCACGGACCAGAGAUGAGGAACAGACUCAACGCAAGUUCAAAAACCCGUUCCGGAACUUCAAUUUGAACAUGAACUUCACGCGGGCGAACAACAUCCGAGCGAGCCAACGUAAAGCCAAGAUGUUGAUGGAAAUGCAAAUGAGGUCACAGAACUGCCGAAGCAGAUUUAUCCAGCUGUAAAUUAUGGUAAUUUAUGUAAAUUAUGGUAAUAUAUGUAAAUUAAUUAAGUGGAGUAUACUUUCCUAUGUCAGCUGAGAUUUUAAACUAUGUUUAUCAGGUCACAGUGAAAUUUGUAUAAUAAGUUUAACGGCUUUAACCGGGGUUAGAUAACCAGCCUUAGAGGAAAUGUGAGACUGGUUACAUUUGUGGUUGAAAAUUACUCAAGUUAACUAGUUUGAAGAUUAAUUGUACACAUGUAUUGACUAACAGGUCACAGAAGUAUUAACUAGUGUAGUCAAGUCAUUGUUAGUUUAGAAAUAUCAAGACUAGUCAAGUUGUUCCCAAAGAUUUCAACAAAUCUUUUGAGGUAGGAACGUACUGGAAUUAUCAAAGAAACAAUAAUGCAGAUGGAUUUGAUAUUUGUAGAUUGAACCAGUUUUGUCCGGAUGUAUACCGGUAGGUACUGAAGUAACUAACCAGAUGGAGCCAGUUACAGCCAGAUCGAACCAGUUUAAUCCUGACGUUUAGGUUCUUACAAAUUAAGCGAUAAACUGAUUAAAGCCAGCUGACAUUUUAUACUGAAACUAAAAUGAAAGAACUGGAACUAGAGUUGGCUAGGACUGAUCUCCAGAAAAUUCUUAUUUUUAUUGAAAAAAAAUGUGCAGGUUCUGACCUGAGUUUAGAGUUCUUUUCUAACAUAUUCCAUACUAUUUUUCACAUUUCAAGUUUGCCUGUUAAACAGGAUAGAAUGUUUCCAUUGGAGAAAAUACUUAGUAACUAAAAAAGGUCUCAAACAUAUCUUCAAACUAAUUUUAUCUUGUGGUUCAUACAGAACACAAAUAGCCCAAAAAUAUAGAUUAAAAAAUAAAAUCAAACAGUUGGAUUUCAAUGUAGUGUGCUCACAAUAAUUGUAUCGUAACUCUGUAAGUAGCUAACAUAAUUAUGAAUACUAACACAUGCGCAAAAUGAAUGCCAUUUUUUUUAAUACUAGACUUUGUAAUGAAUAUUCAUUAAUUACUUAAUGAAUAUUCAUUAAUUACUUAAAAUUAAUCCAACAAGACCCAACAACAGGUGCAUUUGUGUUGAUAUGAUUAGUAAACAAAGGGGCAUUAUGUUAUGGACUCCACUGUACAAGUACCCCCUCAAGAGUUACAGAGGGAGAGUUGGGGGAGACCACUGGGGGAGAGCACUGGCAGGGACAUUCAAGCUGACGAGCCUGACGCUCACGCAAAGAUGCUUUGGCUUUGUGAACAGAAUGUGCAAGUUGUGCGUACUUCGUGCCACACACGGCAAAUGCGCACGUUGUUUGUCCCGUCCAACGGGAUCUCGAGAGAGGUCACUAAGCACCAUCAACUGUCCUUACAUGGGGCCAAUAGUUUUUGGAGACUAUGUUUUCAUUCGAUUUGGCCAGUUUCACUUUUCACUUUUAUAGAACUCUGUUGAUUUUAGCAGAAUGUCCCAAAAUAAGCUUGAACUCAAGCUUCAUGAUCACUACGCCACACCCAGUCAAAAUGCCCCUGCAUAAUUCCCUACACUCCCAAUUCUCCCCAGCACCCCUGUCCCCUCAUCACAUUCUUGCCUUUGAUGGAGGCUGUACGUGUAAUAUUGCAGCUUCCAAUAGAAGAUUGAAACACAAAUUCACAGAAAUCCUCUAAUUCCUUUUUUUUGGGGGGGGGGGCGUGAAAACAAUCAAGUUUUAUGCAAAAUGUUUGAUUUUUACAUUCAACUUUGUCUGUAUCGGAAGACAAACGUGGCUCAGAUGUUUGUGUGAUAUUAGAAUACAAAAGUGCUUUUCAAUAUUUCUCAGGUUUUUCACUUUUUAAUUCAUUUUUAGUUUUAAAAAAAUGCACUUUUGCUACAAAAAUGGUACUUUGUAGCAGUGUAAUUUCAAAGUGUGUGAGAAAAUUUGCAGAAUUUUGUCUUGCCAAGUUUUACCUCUUGUUACUUUUGGAGAGUAAUUUGCAUAAAUCUUGUUCUAAAUGCACAUAUUUAUUAGCGCAAACAUUUUAAACCUGUAGAACUGUUUAAAAUUUAAAAAUGUAGGUCAACAGUUGCUGAGUCACAGUUGGCUGUAGGUUAGAAAGAUGGAUGUUCAGUUGUAGAUCUACUUUAAACAUUUUCAGCAUUGUGAGUUAUCUAUUUUUCUGGUUUUACCUUUUUUU